AUGGAGAACUUGACUAAACAGGAACUUCUAGAACGGGUGGCGACGUUACAGCAGGAGAAUGCGGUGCUUCGGUCAUUGGCUAGUGCUCCAGAGCCUCUGCCGUCUUUAUCCCGCCAAGAAUCCAUAGCAAACUUGUCUCUUGAAGAAUACAUGCGCUACGGGCGCCAGAUGAUAGUACCCGAGUUUGGUGCUUUAGAAUCACAACUUGUACUCAAACGAUCCAAGAUUCUAGUGGUGGGAGCCGGAGGACUUGGGUGCCCGGCUCUUCUUUACCUCACAGCUGCUGGUGUGGGAGAAAUCGGUAUUGUGGAUAAUGAUAUUGUAGAUGUGAGUAAUCUCCAUAGGCAAGUGCUACACUCCACCGACACCGUGGGGAUGCUCAAAUGCCAUAGUGCAGCUGUAAUGCUUGCUAGGCUCAACCCCCACGUGACUGUGAAGGAGUAUCCCAUCAGGCUUGCAAAUGACAAUGUGUUUGAGAUAUUUGAAAAAUAUGACCUUAUACUUGAUUGCACAGACGCUCCAGCAGUACGGUACUUGGUCAACGAUGCAGCGGUAAUCUUGAACAAGACGGUGGUAAGUGGCUCGGGCCUUAAGACAGACGGCCAGUGGACGAUUCUCAACUUCGCAGGGGUUGGGCCUUGCUACCGGUGUUUCCACCCCAAGCCACCGGCACCAGACUCAGUGACGUCGUGCCAGGACGGCGGUGUGCUUGGGCCGGCCAUCGGCCUUAUUGGUAUCAACAUGGCAUUGGAGACCAUCAAGGUUCUCACCGGGCAUUAUAAGCCUGAGCAGUUCCAGCCGUUCAUGUGUGCGUUUUACGGGUACCAUUUCCAACAGUACCGGACAUUUAAGAUGAGAGGACGCCAGAAAUCAUGCCAGGUAUGUGGUGAGCAGCCCACCGUAACAAGAACACUUAUAGAGAGAGGUGAACUCAAUUACCAGGUGUUUUGUGGCCGGUCAGAACCUUAUACGCUUCCCAAUGAAUUGAGGGUUUCUGUCGAAGAGUAUCACCAAAAUGGUGGAACCCUUAUAGAUGUACGACCCGCCGAGCAGUUUUCAGUGGUGGCUCUUCCUAACUCUGUGAACAUUCCCUGGGGAAACGAGUUUUUGAAGUUGGAGCUGUUGGAACUGUAUUUGCCAGGAGUGCCAAAAGAUAAAGCAAUUUUUGUGGUGUGCCGGUAUGGCAAUGAUAGUCAAAUUGCUACGAAAACGAUACGAGAAAAGUUUGGGUUUACGAACGUGAGAGAUAUAAAGGGUGGGUUGAACCGGUGGAGUGAAGAAGUGGAUAAGGAUUUUCCAAAGUACUAG